GAGAACUUCAUCUCGACUGUUGAACUGACAAAACCUUCAUCUCACCUGUUCAUCGGACAAUAUGUUCGAAUUAAUUUACUCUACUAAAUUUAUAUAAAAAAAUUAAUUCUAACAUCUAACCUAGACCGGAACAACGGUAAAUUACUCUUGCGGUUUUUUGAAACGGGCUGAACCGUUGGCCAGGGCUGGCCCGCUCCCGAUUCCGUCUGCCCGUUGGGCUUCACGAUUUUCCGUCUAUCACACGGCCCAAGCCAGCCUCUGUCCCGUGACCCGAUAGUGCUGCAUUGGGCCCACGGCAAGUGCUUACGAUGGCCCAUCGAAGAAAAAUUCCUUGGAAAUAGCACGUCUCCGACUCCAUCCCCGAUGAUGCCGGGGAGCAAAUGGUGGGAGGAUCCGUUCCAUCCACAGGGGCAUGGCCGCCUCCUCCUCCCCCGCAUUCCCGCUUCCUGUUCCUCCCAGACGCGGUCCUCACCUGCUCCGGCCUCGUCUAGCUGCCGAGAUUUGGCCUUGAUACUGCAAAAGAAGCAGUUUUAAGUAUAAAAGACAACGAUGGGGAUAUCCAAGGUGACUGGCAUCGCUGCAACUGCUCUUCUUGUCAUCGCUGCAGCUACUUGGAAAAUGGGCAUGGCAAUUGUUAUGGGACCUCUCCUAGCCACCAGUUCUGUUGCCUGCAUCGUCACUUUUGCUUCUCAUAAUGCCAUCAACCUACCAUGGAUAUUGGGGAAGAACUCUGUGGGGAGAUUUCCGCUCUGGUCAAGUAUAAUAUUUGGUCCUUUCUUGAUGCUUGCUCGGGCAUAUGCAAUCGUGAAGAGAUUCGUGAGGAAGGAGUCUGUGUAUGACAAGAUUGCGGAAGGCCUGUAUCUGGGAGGCUGGCCGUUUCUAUUGAAGCAUUUGCCUCCUGGACGUCCAUCUGUCAUUGAUUGCACUUGUGAACUGCCAAGAAGUUCCUUUGUUCCAGAAGAUGAGUAUCUUUGUCUGGCUACUUGGGACACAAGAGCGCCGUCACCAUACCAAAUUGAACUAGCUGCACGUUGGGCAUGCGAAAAGAGAUCCGAGGGGAAACCGGUUUAUGUCCAUUGUGCAUUUGGUCAUGGAAGAAGCGCAUGUGUCAUGUGUGCAAUUCUAGUAGCGCUGGGCGCCGCUGAAAACUGGAAAGAUGCUGAGAAUAUCAUCCGUGAAAGAAGAAAGAUAAAAAUGAAUGCUCUCCACCGGAAAAACUUGGAAGAGUGGUCCAAACAUCAGGUUUCUCAGAAAAAGGAAAAGUAGUUGUAAGUCAAAACAUUUUCUUUAGCACUGUACCUUUUGUGAUGUUAAAGCCUGUUUGCAACACCAUAAAAUGGCAUAUUUGUUUAGGUCCGGUGUAAGUCUGUAACAUUCCUGAUUUCAAAUAAUUUAGAGUGAAUUGCACAAAACUAUAAGUAUUGUGCCAUUUAUAACUCAAAACUACAAGUAUUGUGCAUCAAUUUCACACAAAACCCGAUUUUAACUAGAUUCAUUCAAAAAAUGGUUUUAUGUUUCUCCAAAAGUUCUAGAACUUUUUUUACGUGUUCUAUAAUCCAUGUGCAACUCAUUUUAAUUAGAUUCACCCAAAAAGUCUGUGUAGAAUUUAAACUAAAAUUCUCUAAAAAAACUACUUUUAUAACUCAUAACAAUUGUUAGGGCCUCAAAUAAAAUCCCAAAAAUAUGAAAAAAAAUCAUUAAUAUUUUUCUUAUAUAAUGAAAUAAUUUCUAAAAUUAUUUCCAGCCCUAGGUUAUAUGGUGAAAAAGCGAGUUCCUUUGUAAGUAUAUAAAUGGAGCAUAUUAUUAAUGAAUGUUUUCAGAUUUUUGGGAUUUUAUUUGAGGCCCUAACAAUUUUUAGGGGUUAUAAAAGUAGCAUUUUUUGGAUAAUUUUUAUUUAAGUUAUACACAGUCUUUUUAGGUGAGUCCAAUUAAAAUGGAUUGCACAUGAAUUAUGGAACACGUACAAAAAUUCUAUGAUUUUUGGAGAAACAUAAGACUAUUUUUUAAGUGAAUGUAAUUAGAAUCGGGUUUCGUGUGAAAUUGGUGCACAAUACAUGUAGUUUUUUAAAAUAAUAUUAUUUUAUUAAAAAAUUGUAAAAAUAAGAGUCACAAAAUUGUAAGAAUAUGUAUCUAUCAGCACUUGGAGUACCGAUAAAGGAUCUGUCGAUACUUCGUAUACCGACAGCCUACGUGGUAGUGGGCCCGUCGGUACGUUGGCAGUGUGUCCGGGGACCUGUCGGCAUUCCGUGUGCCCCGACAGCCUACGUGGUAGUGGGCCCGUCGGUACGUUGGCAGUGUGUCCGGGGACCUGUCGGCAUUCCGUGUGCCGACAGGUCCUAUGUCCCGUAGAUGAUAUUCAAAGAAAAAUUCAUAACUUUUUGUUGGCAGUGUGUCCGGGGACCUGUCGGCAUUCCGCGUGCCGACAGGUCCUAUGUCCCGCAGAUGAUAUUCAAAGAAAAAUUCAUAACUUUUUUAUAUGAUCUUUUAUGGAGAUGAUCUUUAUAUAAAAAUUGUAGCUAUCGACGAGAUCUAUAACUUUGUAGUUGAACAUUUUUUCAUUUGAAUCCGUUUAGAUUCUCAAAAGGUGGUUAGAAGUUCCAGAUCUAGUUUUUCAAAUUUGAAAUUUAUAACCAUUUUUUGGGUGUCUAAACGGGUUCAAAUGGAAAAAUGUUCAACUACAAAGUUAUAGAUCUCGUCGAUAGCUACAAUUUUUAUAUAAAGAUCAUCUUCAUUCAAGAUCAUAUGAAAAAGUUAUGAAUUUUUCUUUGAAUAUUAUCUGCGAGACAUAAGACCUAUUGGCAUUCGGAAUGCCGAUAGAUCCCCAAACAUACUGCUGGCGUGCCGAUAGGCCCCUGGGCCCACUACCAUGUAGGCUGUCGGCAUGCGAAGUACCGACAGGUCUCUUGUUGGUACUCAUGUAUAUAUUCUUGUAAUUUUGUGAAUUUGACUAUUAUUUUUACAAUUUUCCAAUACAAUAGUAUUAUUUAAAAAAAAAUUCAAGUUUUGUGUUACUAACAUAAUACUUGUAGUUUUGUGCAAUUCAAUACACAUGAGAGAAUUCUUCAUCUGUUAACUCUUAUGAACGCUCGCUAGUUGUAUAUGGUAUAAAGCUCCUGUGAGUCACCCCUUCCGGUCAUAGCAUAUCUGUUGUCUCAAAAUGGUACCCACUGUUGUGCACUGUAUAUUCUUAUUUAUUUUGGAAGCAAUGAUCUUGGUGUUUCUACCUUUAAAUAUCAUUUGAAUUAAUUUAGACCCAGGUUUUGAGGCAAAAUUUUCUUGCUCUUGUUAAUUGACUGUGGGCGGAAAUUAUCCUUAAUGUUUUGCUUUAUGUAACCAAAUAGGUGGACAUAGAUAAAUUACAAUAUAAUAAGUUAAUAACCAAAUAUAGUUCAGGCGGAAUUGCUGAAUGGAUUCUUUCAUUACGUAGGAAGAACUGUUUUUGAGAAUUUAGCCUGGACAGAACCAAAAGAACACACCCCCCCCCCCCCGCCUUCACACCACAGCGAACUAAACAAUUUCACCACCCUGGAAAUUUCUCAUACAAGUUUUGCACUUUUUCAUAAAUGCUCUUUCCCCCAAAAAAAAUAUUCCAGAAACAUUCCCUGGUCUAAAUCUUCCUUCAUUUCCCAGCUCUCAUCUGUGGCUCAGAAAUCUGCUGGUUACAUCCAAAACUUAUCUUCCCAGUCGUCUCUCUCUUGCUCCUAUGCUGAAGGUUAGUUCCACAACAUGUGUGAAUCAGAAGGCUGAAAAUUGGUUUCGGGAUGGUUGUGCCGCAAUGCUUAGCUCUCCAGAAUUGUCUUCAUCUGCCACCAGUAUUCUGCAGGCAAUACAGGCACGGGCAAUUAUAAACAGAUGAGGGAAGCAUCUAGAAAAUUAUACUACAGCUAAUUCUUUUAGAGCCUUGCAUAAUUCAGUUAGUUGGCCAAAGUAAUUGAAUAUCUAGAGAAAGUGACACAAACCAUGUUUAGUCCUUAUUUUUUACGCCAUAGCAUGGCCUUUUUUUUGUGAGGGUGCAUGGAUUUUUUUUUUUUGUCAUGGUUGCUUUCUGACUUUUGAUUGCUGGUAGGAGGGUGGUCCAUUCCAUACUGAUUUAGUAGGGAACAUCUUGGUAUAUUAAUUUAGAUGCCUCAUGCCUGCCCUGACCCUAUCAUAUAUUCAUGUGUACUUGAAUUUGUCCAAUCAUUGAUGAAUGCUACCUUCAACUAAAGGAGUAGAGAGAGGUUGGGUACUUCUUUCUUAUACUAAAGGUAGGGGACUGAGGUUGGAGCUUCAUGGUGCUUACUCUGGAGGACGAGAAGCCCAAAGGGAGCUUAAGGCACGAAGGCGAUUGUGGUACUCGCCAAUGGCCAAGAAACAUCGAGCUGCCUGCCGAACUGUCAGAAUCCUGUGCAUCUGAUGAAGAGUCUGCUGCCUCAAGUUAUCAGCCUGGAAAUUACACAUGUAGUUUUAGCACAUGUUGCAGGAACAUUAAUUUUAGCAUAUCUAUUAAUUUAAGUGCCUGCUACUAAUCAAUAAGCUUGUAGUUACCCCAUGCAGGCAUGCUAUGAUUAUACAGAUGCAUUCCAAAAGGAUAUCAUUAGAUGCUUAGUCUACACGUCAUUUCUUUCUACGAUGCAGACAUAUGAUGUCAACAUUAACACUUGUUGAUGGCAUAAUAUAUUAGACAUGAGUGUGUUCCAAA